UACAACGUUCGGUCAUUCGCCGAUUCGGAAGUUUAGUCAGCCUUUCAGUUUCAGAUUAUGAAUACAUUUUAUUAACUUUGAUAAUUUAUACCUGUAACAAUGCUGUCCAGAAGACACCAGUCAAACACCCGACUGGAGCAGAUCUGUAACCUGGAAAUCGACGCACCCGUCGCUAAGGCCAGAUUGACCAGUAUUAUUGGGACUAUAGGUCUAGCAUGUGAUUCUGUGGAAGUUCUUAGAAAAAUGAUGAUGACCGGCAUGACAAUUUGCCGAUUGAAUCUUGCUUAUAGGACUCAUGAUUAUUUCAAAGGAGUUGUCAAACGGAUUCGUGAGGCCCAGGCAUCGUUGGAUAUUCCCAUUCAAGUGGGUAUAGGGAUAGACAUAACAGGCACGGGGAUUAGAGUAGGAGCGCUAGCUAAGGAAGUAGGACUCGGUCAAGAACUGAAAAUGAAAAAAGGCGACGUAAUGAGAUUUUCCAUUGAUGAGAAGUACAAGGAUAAUGGAAACGAGAGUAUCAUGUUUUUUGAGGCAGCCGAGGUAUUCUCCCAGAUUUCUACAGGCAGUAACGUGAUCAUUGAGGAUGGGCCUCUUUUGUUCACCAUCAAAGAAAAGGGAGAAGAUUAUGUGGAUUGUGAAGUGGAGGAGCCAGGUGAACUUGGAAGUCACAUGAUGUGGACAAUUCCUAAUAUGGAAAUGAGGGAGGCAGAGCUAUCUGAGAAGGACAAGGCAGAUCUGCAGUUUGCUCUUGACAAUGAUUUGGAUAUGGUUUUUGCCUCUUGGAUUUCAUGUCCUGAAAUGGUAGCAGAAGUCAGAAAAUUUUUGGGAGAGAAGGGCAAAAAUAUGAAAAUCUUGGCUAAAAUUGAGACCAAAACAGCUGUGAAGAGAGUUGAUGAGAUUUUGGAGGUAGCAGAUGGCCUUUAUAUUGCCAGAGGAAAUCUUGGCAUCAAUAUUUCACCAGAAAAAGUCUUCCUGGCCCAAAAAAUGAUAAUUGGAAAGUGUAACAAAGCUGGGAAACCUGUUAUUUGUGCCACUCAGAUGUUGGGAAGUAUGAUGAUGAAUCCACGUCCUACACGAGCAGAAGUUGCCGAUGUUGCCAACGCCAUUUUGGAUGGAGCAGACUGUGUCAUGUUGUCAAGGGAAACAGCCAGGGGAAAGCACCCUCUGAAGAGCAUGCAAACCAUGAGUGCGGUGUGUACUCAGGCAGAGGCAGCUAUUUUUAACGAGGAAUUGUUUUUCGAUCUGAAACAGAGAUUAGGGAAAACCGGGAACACACACACCACUGCCAUUGCUGCGGUCGAGGCCUCCACUAAAUGUCACGCCAAGGCCAUCAUGGUGGUCACCGUCACAGGAAGGUCACCUGCUUUGAUAUCAAAGUACAGACCCAACUGUGUGAUUGUAGCCAUAACUAGAUCCAAGAAAACUGCCAACAAUCUGCAGCUACAUAGAGGGGUGUUCCCAGUCUUAUUUGAAGAUGAUAGAGACGAGGUGUGGGUAGAUGAUGUGGACGCCAGAUUGAAUUACGGAAUAAUGCUGUCCCGUCAGCUGGGUUACAUCAGAGGGGGGGACAUCGUCGUCCUGGUGACGGGCUGGACCUCGGGGGCAGGGUCCACCAACACCCUCCGCAUCGUGACCUGUCCCACCGUGUCACUUCCUGUGCCCUACGCCAGAAUAGAAGUGGAGUCGUCGACGGAUGACAAAGUGCGUUUUGAGUAGGCUUUAAGGCACUGGGGAUAUUCUCGCCAUAAAUUGAAAGAUACUUUUUGAAAUCCCUGAUUCAAAAAAUGUUAAAAGACUUGGAUUUAUGUUUGUCAUAAUAUACCUUUAAGUUAAUAGGAGUGAAAAACUGACUAAUCCUUUGUUAAAACCUUAUUUUGUUUUACCUUAAGAAAUUUGAAUAUGUUGUCAGUGAUCCAUGUUUGAGAGAGUUAGACCUUAUACUCGAAUUUUUCUUCUGUUUUGUUUUACUUUCUUUUAUUUUUUUAAACACUCAUGUACACUUUUUGUGUUGAGUUUUUUUCCUUGUAGCUUAAAGCUCUUUGUUAAGUAUGUGCCAUAUUGUUAUAUAGAUAUUAUGUAUGAAUAGGUGCUGAUAUGUGUAUGGUGUAUAUUGUUAUGUGAUCUGAUAUGUAAACUUUGACAUAAAUGUAUGUCAUGUCUUUUUUUUCUUUGCUUACUGUACAGGGGAUUAAUUUCACGGAUUGUAAUUUUCACGUUUUUCUCUCAUCUGACACGAUCGCGGUUUCUUGAAUUCGCGGAAUCGGUUUAUAAUAAAAGUUACCUCCUUUGUCUUCAUACAUUUAAUCCGUACCAUAGCUACAUGUAAAAGACAUUAAUCAACGUAAUGUCUUUAUUUCACGAACAACAGGGUAGGUUAAUAUAAAAUUGUUAGAUAUAAAAUAAAUAAUACAUGCAAUUGACAAUUAAUUAAAACAAGUACAGUUUUCAAACGUCCUUGACUGUAGACGCAAAUGACUUUCCUAUAUUAUAUGCUAUUACGAUGAGUUCAUGUACACCCUAAGAUCUUUAAUACAACGCGGCGAAAAACCACUGGACAGUAAUGUAGUCAGACGAUCGACAUAAUAUCCUUCCACAUCUUCAGAAAGUUCAAUAUUCAUUUGAAUGAUUUUAAAAACCAAAUUGUCGAUAAAAAUUAAUAUGAAUGAUAAUGCAGGUAACAAGUACACGUGGUAACAUAAUCAGUUUCGCACGGGUAAUCAAAACCCAUGGCCCACGUGUUUUGAUUGAGGAAACAUGUAGCGGUGGCUAUUAAAACAGCUUUUUGACAAAUACAGGUUAUCAUCUGCUGAUUGGAAUUAAAGUAAAGGGUGAUAAUUAAUAUAAUUGAAUGACAAGUACUACUCGUAAAUACUAUUAAAUGGUUAUGAACUGCAUGUACUUGUAUAUAAACAUACCAUAGUCAAUAUGUUCUCAAAUUUCCAAAUAAAACAUGGAGAUUAUUGAAAAUUUAUUCACUGUUUCUUGAAUUCACGGAUUUAUCAACACCGUGAAUAUAGCGAAUAUUAACACCGCGAGUUAUUUUCCCCCUAUACAGUAUUUUCUUUUUAGAUCAAUUUAAGUCUUAUAUUUUUUUCAGUUCAACUUGAGUUAUGUGAAAAAGUGAAUGUCAUACAAUGUUGUAAGAAAUGUAUUUAAAUACAUUAUAUGUACACUGUAUUUAGAUUGUUGAAAAAAUUAUCUAUGUUUUGAAUAUUACUCUUCAGUACUAAUCUUGUAAGCUGUUAUACAGUUUCAAGAGUAUGUACAUGUGUCAACAUUAAGUUAUUGGUACUCAACUCUUUGGGUGGAAAAAUUAUUCAACUCUACAACACUGCAUUCUGGGUAAUGUUGUCAAAUACUAGUACUCUUUAUCUUUAUUGCAGAUUGUAAGAAAUGCAUAGAAAUCAUAUUAUUUCUUUUUUUUAUACACCAACUGCAUAAUCUACACAAACUUUUCAUUGACAAACUCGUUUCAUUGUCAUCCAAUGUUGUAU